UUGGUAGCUGUCGAAUGUCGUCGAUGUCAUUUCUUCCUUCCGAACCCUAGCUCUAAUUAUCUCGUGUUCGAGAAAUUGGGUCGCCAUUGAUUCGCACUUGGCAAGAUGGCAAGCACCAGAUCAGACCCAGAGCUUGAUGACGACUUUAGUGAAAUCUACAAGGAGUAUACAGGUCCUUCCUGCACUGUGACCAACAAUACCCAAGAAAAAGACAAACCUAUCAAACGGCCUGAAGAUGGAUGUGAUGAAGAAGAGGCACUACCUGAUCCCAAUUCUGUACCAACCGAUUUCACUAGCCGAGAGGCUAAGGUUUGGGAGGCUAAAUCCAAAGCUACUGAGAGGAAUUGGAAGAAGAGAAAAGAAGAAGAAAUGAUCUGUAAAAUAUGUGGCGAGUCUGGUCAUUUUACUCAGGGAUGUCCAUCGACACUUGGUGCCAACAGAAAAUCUCAAGAAUUCCUUGAAAGAGUACCGGCUAGGGACAAGAAUGUAAGAGUUUUGUUUACUGAGAAAGUUAUAGAAAGGAUUGAAAGGGAGACCGGCUGCAAGAUCAAAAUGGAUGAGAAGUUCAUCAUUGUUAGUGGCAAGGACAGGUUGAUCUUGAGGAAAGGUGUAGAUGCUGUUCACAAGGUUAAGGAUGAUGUUGAUGUUAAAAGUUCUUCUGCCUCAGUCACUCACAGGAGCAGAUCCAGGUCACCUAGGCGAACUUCUGUUGGUCCACCGCGUGCUCGAAACAACUCCGAACCUCGAAGACAGUACCCGCCAUCACAUGGUUCAUCAAGUUUCUCAGAGCGCUCUGGAAGGCAAGAUAAGUUCGUGGAUAAUCGUCUUCGCGAGGAGAAUCGUGUUCGUGAGGAUAAUCGUGUUCGUGAGAACCAGCGAAAUGCUUCCCGAGGAUCUCCACAAGCUUAUGGUAGUGACAGAGCCCGGAGUCGUUCUACACAUUCAAAAUCUCCAGGGCGGCCACGUUAUAGUGGAUGGGAUAAACCGUAUGAUAGGCAAAAGUCUGAGGUGAGUGGUUAUAGGUCUGAAAGAUGGGAUCAAGAAAGAAUGGGUGGCUCCAGCGACAUACAGGUGAGUCAUCAGUUUGAACGCCCUGCUUUCCCACAGACGUUAGAAGAUCUAGAAUUGGAAUAUACGAGGGAUGCAAUGGAACUUGAAAAGAAACGCGACAAGGAAGAAGAUGCAGAGAACAACAAGCAUCGAGAGACAAUCCGGGAACUGAGAGAGAGUUACAUGGAGAAACUGGCUGGGCUAAGGGCUAUGAAUGCUAAACAAUGGGAAGAAUUCCUUCAAGUUGAUGCUCGGAGACGUCAACAGCAAGCACGGCAGCAAAUCUCUGGUCUGAGUUAUGGUAGUAACUAUAGACAGUUUCCGUAUGCUGAGUUUGAUGAAGGUUAUUCUGCCAACCCUCCUCCCUAUGGUGGAAACAAUGUCCCAAUGGAUUCUGAAGGCAGAUACCCAAACCAUGUAAAAGGCUAUUCCUCAAGGCAUCAAGACAACAAUUAUGGUUCUGGGUUCCAACGCCAGAGACGUGAGGACUAUGGGAAAGCCUACAAUCGUUAUUAGACCAUUGUUGUGAGAUCUUGCUUGGGUCUGCUGUAUCUGAUUUACGACGAACAAGUCAAAUCUCACCUCCAGAUCUGUUGGUAGGUAAUCUGAAUUCUUAUUAGGCUGUACAAUCCGCAACCAAGGUCCAAUCUUCCGUUGCUGGUUAGGCCACUAAUAUAUGUUUUUAAUACUGUCCUUGUCCAUGCAACAAAGAUCACCUGUAACUGCUAGCUAUAUCUGCUCUUCCCUUUGGGAUUGUCUUUUACAUUCUAAAGAUUUAUUUAUUUUAUUUUAUUUUUGCUUCAAGAUUAAUGACAGAACCAUGUCAUUGUACUCACAGUUGAGCCUUUAAACAGAUUACU